UUUUUUUUUUUCCUCCAGUAAAGGCCAAGCCAGCCUGAAGUUUCAUUAAUCCUCGCCGAAAGCAGCCACGCGGUUCCGCCUGGGAGUCGGGGCAAACGGCUUUUUGAACCCCAAGCAAUGGAGACGUUUGUCUUUUUGUUUUCCCUUUCCGCCCUGGGCGUUCUGUACUGCAUGAACGCCAUUCCCGCGCUCCAAGCGCCAUACGUGAUCCUGGUGAUUGGCAUUGCCGUACUGAUUCUCGUAUUCAUCUUCUACCUCCUCGUCACUCGUGGCAACCCACCGAAAGACGCCUUAUUCUUCGUUUUUGCAGAAUUUUCCUUCACGUGUGUCAUUGACCUGACCAGCGCCUUGGAGUACGAUGGCAUCAUCUCCGGCUUUAUGGAGUUCUAUCGCAAGACAGGGGAGCCUUACCUGGGCACAGCCUACGCCAUCAUGAUGUGCUACUGGGACGGAAUUGCUCAUUUUAUCAUGUACCUCAUAAUGAUCGGGAAGAUCAUGGAUAGAAAAGGGUACCGCACACUGGGCCUGUUCUGGGCUGGCUCCCUGUGCGCCAACAUGAGUGUGUUCAUCACUGGCAUUGUGGCAGGGCGAUACGGCGCCGAGAUCCGUCCGGCCUUCUGGCUCAACUUCCUCUUCCUGCUGAUGCCUGCGUGGGCAGCGGUCACACUGUUCACUCGGCCCAAAGACAGGCCGCUGAUUGGUGGAUAUAACGCUCAGCACGCUCAGAGCAUGAAGCUCAUCUGGCGACCGAUGGAUCUAAUGCUGAUGCUUCUCCUCCUGGGCGCCAUGGCCUUCACUGUCCUCCGAGGGCUGGUGGCGCUAGACUCGCCACUUGCAGCGUGUUCCUUCUACGCGAAGCACUACGAGCCCUACCUGCGGGAUCCUGUGGGCUAUCCCAGGGUGAUGAUGCUGCACAUGUUCUUCUACGGGCUACCGCUGCUAACAGCGUUUGUUUACGGUCUCCUCAAGCCAGGCUGUACGUGGAUGCCUGACUGGACUGUGUUUUAUUCAGGAGCGAUGAUCCAGUGCCAGUGGGCUCACAUCGGCGGGUACCUCCACCCUCACACAAAAGCCCCCUAUCGUAUCCCGAACGGUGUGUUCUGGCCUGUGCUAGCAGCCAAUCUGGUGUAUGCCGUCACCCCCCUCCUGGUGGCUUUGCGUGUGCGCAGUAAUCCUUAUUUUUUCCUGAGGGUCGCCCCCUUCCCUGGGCAAACCGGCCUGCCGAAUAGUGAGGAAAAAGAUACCAAGUACAAAAAUAAAUAG